AUGGAAAGUCGAAGAUUGGAAAAAGAGAAAACUGAUGCUGAUGCUGAGAAACGAAAACGAAGAGCUAUUGAAAUGUUAGAGCUUGAAAAAGACACCAAAAAGAAACAAGAUAUGGAGCUCAACAAAGUUGCAGAUGCAGCAAGGCUAAAAUUAGAGCAGGAGAGAUUGGAAUGGGAGAAAAAGCAGUGGGAAAUAAUCAUGCAAGAAGUAUUGAAGGAGGAACAAAAGAAAGAGAGAAGAAAUGAGCUAGAAAAGCAAAAGUUAAGAAAAGUUGAAGAGUCUGAGAAGCUCAAGCAACAUAAACAUCUCGAAAAAGCUGCCAACAUGUAUGAACGAGAAAAGAAAAGCUAUGGCAAGAAAAGCUUUAAUUCAAGCAGAAAAAGAAGAUUUCCUUCAAAGCAAGAAGGAGUUUAUGGAACAACAAAAACGAAAGUUCUUGCAGAAGAAACAAGAGCAAGAAGUACAACUGCUCGAAAAACAAGCUCAUCUUCAAUGGGAGGUGGACAAAGAAAAACGAAGAGAAGAAAUUCGUAA